AUGGGGGCCUAUCUCUCCCAACCCGUCACCGAGAAGGACUCCACCGACGGCGCCUCGGCGUCGUUCGCGUACGGGACGACGGCGAUGCAGGGAUGGCGAACGAACAUGGAGGACGCGCAUGCGACGAUACCGGAGCUCGAUGGGCGAACGGCGUUCUUCGCGGUGUUCGAUGGACACGGCGGGAAGGAGGUGGCGCUGUACGCGGCGAGGCACCUGCACGAGUCUUUGAAGGAGACGGAGGGGUUCGAGGGCGAUGGUGAUGCCCUGAAGGGGGCGUUGGAGGAGAGUUUUCUCGCGCUUGAUCGACGGAUGUUGUCGAAGGAGGCGGCGAGCGAGCUCAGGGCGCUGCGGAGCGGGUCCGGGGAAGAGGAGGACGGCGCCUUGGGAGGUUUAGUGCGAACGGGCGCGAACGCGGAGGAACAGAGGAAUCGACGGGCGGAGAUCAACGCCAAACUUCGAGCGGCGCUGAUCGAGCAGAUGAAGGAACAGGACCCGAACAUCGACGAGAGGGAUAUUAAGUUUGAUUUCGAGCUGGAAGACUCGGAUUUCGAUGAACCCCAGCCGAGCUCAUCUGAGGAUGGCGGCGUCGACGCGCUCGAUCGUUGGUCGGGUCCACAAGCGGGUGCGACGUCCGUUGUCGUGUGCAUUCGCGGCAACAACGCGUACUGUGCCAACGCGGGCGACUCCCGCGCGGUUUUCUCGCGAAAGGGCGGGGUUGCCGAGGAUAUGAGCAACGACCACAAGCCGAUGAAUGAGGAGGAGCGUAAGCGCAUCAUGAAUGCCGGUGGAUUCGUGAGCGAAGGGCGAGUCAACGGUUCACUCGCGCUCUCGAGAGCGUUGGGAGACUUUGAGUACAAAAGAAACAAAGAUCUCUCCGAGAAGGAGCAGGCGGUGACCGCCUUCCCGGAGAUUAGGGAGUUUGAAUUACGAGAGGGUGACGAAUUCAUGAUUCUCGCCUGCGACGGAAUUUGGGACGUCAUGUCGUCUCAGGAAUGCGUAACUUUCGUCAGAGAACGACUCAUCGCGGGCGCGAAAUCGGAGACUUUCAAAAUAAGUCGGGUGUGUGAAGAGCUCUGCGAUGCAUGUCUCGCUCCGGACACUCGCGGAUCCGGUCUCGGAUGCGAUAACAUGUCCGUCGUGAUUGUCCUCUUGCAAAAAUUCUGGCAACCGACGAGCGCGUGA